AUGCCUCCUAGACGAGUAUUUGGACCAGGCGAUUCCGCGCUAGACGUCGAUGAGGAUGGAGCAGAAACACAGCCUGGAGCAUCCCUGAGUGCGCGUAGACCAAGUGGCCGGGUGUCUUUCUCUCGUCUGAUGCACAAGCCGAGCAUUCUGAGCAGAUGGAGCCGCACGGGCGAUGAGGAAAGCGGCACAACCGAAACGCCCGAACGGCCGUCGAUUCCAAGUGCACUUCAGCCCCCAGGAGAAGUAAACGCCACCCCUCUACCAGUCUUGUCUAUGAUCGUGUUGUCGAUUACAAUGCUCGGCGAAUUCCUCUCCGCCAACGUAUCCGCUCCCUUCUUGCUCUUCAUGGUGGAAGGUUUCGAUCAAUUUCACGACGAGUCGGAAGUGGGCUAUUGGACUGGGCUACUAGUAUCGACGUUCUUCUUAACUCAGUUUCUGACCUCGCUGCUAUGGGCCACCGUUGCCGCGAAGCAUAAUCAAAGACUCGUUCUGACUAUCUCUCUCCUGGGAAGCGCUGUCACCUGUUGCCUUUUCGGAACGGCCACGUCAAUACAACAAGCUAUCGCAAUACGUCUCCUCCAAGGCGUGUUCGCGGGAGCCAUUGGGGUAGCGCGUGGUUGCGUGACCUCGGUAACGGACCAGAGCAACGAAGGCCGGGCUUACGCCAUUCUAGGGUUCUGCUGGGGUUUCGGUGGUGUUUCAGGCGCCAUUGUAGGAGGAACAUUCGAGUCUCCCGCAAAGAAGUGGCCCGGCGUGUUCGCGAGCGUACCGCUCUUCGUGAACUAUCCUUAUCUACUACCGUGCUGUGUCGCGGCGUCUGUUACAUUUACAGGCUCGAUAUUGUCUUUGUUCCUCGCUCCUGAUUGCGGCCCACGUGAGGGAGCCAUUCGUCUCCCUCCCGAGAAGUUGACAAGCAUCCCAGAAGAGGAGUCCCGACCCUCGACGCCACACCUCGAUGAGCCCGAACGUCGCAGCGCAUUUGGGUCUAUUCGCGGCAAAGUGUCCGACUACUUCUCGCGACGCACCGUCGAGGAAGCUGCCGCCUCGCCCGGCCCCUCGCAACCACCAGAGCCCGCUGUCCCACUAGUCGAGACCCCCACACGCGGUGCGAAGCCCCGCGCCUUCUCCCGCGUGAGCAGGGGCGGGUCGGCGUACGGGUACGCCGGUUCGUACCGGAAUCGCCUCGCGAGCGCCGCCAGCAUGGCGACCCGGCGGGGCAGCUUUGGCAUCCCGAUCCGCCGGCGCCGCGAGAGCAACGUCGACCACGAAGGCGCGCCGUCGAGCGUCGCGACGGGGGCCGACAUGAACUUCGCGCAGCGGCUGCUCAUGGCAAACGAGAACGCGGUGACGAACAUCGCGGACCUGUGGGUCGCAGCCGCGAUCAACGCGGACAACGACAACCCGUUCGAGAGCGACGACGAGUACGACGAGGACGAGGACGAAAUCGAUGCAGAGGAGGCGCUCGAGACGACUCCCCUUGACGAGGACGACAUCUUUGGCACGCCGUCGGCCGCACGGCACAACCGCUUCUCCCGCCGCGUCAACACGAACGCCACGUUCAACACUACGCACCGGCCCUCCAUGGCGAGCGUGCGCCCAUCCACCUUUGGGGGCUCCCCGCGCCGUCCAGGCUCACAGCGCCGCCCCCCAACGCUCCACCGCAACUCAUCCUCGCAGCUCCGCCUUGGGGCCGACUCCACCGACGAGCUCCCGCACCGGCGCGCAUCUGGGACAGGCGUGCCGUCGAUCUUCCAGCACGUCGGCGUGCGCACGCCGCCCGCGGUGCUCGAGGCGCAGCAGCAGCUCGCGCAGGCGGAGGCGGAGGAGGAGAUGGACGCGCUCGCGCCGAUCGCGGAGACGCAGACGCGCGGGGCGGGUCCGGCGGGGCCGCCGCUGGAGGGGAUGGGCGAGAAGGAGCCGUCGCUGAUGAGCCAGCUGCCGAUCGCGAUUAUCCUGCAGUAUGGGUGGCUGGCGCUGCACUCGACGACGCAUGAUCAGGUGUUUUAUUUGUACCUUGUGUCGAAGUAUCCGUCGGGAGGGUUGAACUUGAAUGCGGGGCACUUCUCUCAGCUGAUUGCUUUGAUGUGUCUCGCGCAAAUCGCGUACCAAUUUGUGCUGUAUCCUAACAUCGGACCGCCGAGAGGCAGAUUCUCCCACCUCUCCAUGUUCCGGCUCGGUUCGCUGCUGUUCAUCCCGUCGUACCUUACCGUGAUCAUGUACCGUGUAUUUGCGAGCCCGAGCGACGAUGGCAACCUCGUCCUCAUGGCAGCUCUCGCGCUUAGCACAGCCGUCCGGUAUUGCGGCAGUACCUUCAGCUACACCGCCAUCAACGUCCUGCUCAACUAUAUGUCCCCGCCGCACCUCGUUGGCUUUGCGAACGGCAUUGCGCAGAGCAUCGUCAGUCUCGCACGCUUUAUCGGGCCUAUUCUCGGCGGUACGCUAUGGUCCAAGAGCGUGCAAGACGGCCCGUCCGGCUACCCACUCGGCUUCUUCGUGUGCGCCGCCGCGUGCGGCCUCGCUGUCUGCCACAGCUUCUUCAUCCGCUAGAGUCUAGACCGCCAGACCUCCAACCCGGACUUCCGACGAUCGCGUCGCUCACAAGUUUGGAUAUCUCUUUUUUGCGCAGCGUGUUGGACGCGACGACCCGUUCCCACGCGCCUCCUUUGUUUCUUCUUUAUCGUUCACUAUCACGACCACGGACUCGCUGUCUCCAUAUCCGCUUCCUAUAGGAACUCUUACAAUCGAUCGCGGAGCUGAAUAUGACAUCAGAUGCAUGACUUUGACGG